UUGAGGGAGGAUGAGUGGAGGAGCGGACGGUGCGGACGGACGCGCGGUCUGUAACCGACCGGAGGAGCGUCAGUACUGACAACAUGUUACAGGUCUGUCCGAGAGACGACACGGAGGAGCGUCUCUGCAGCAUCAGUUUUGACUACAGGUUUUGAUGUCCAGCAGGCUCCUGUGUGAUGUGGUCUCUUUGACCUGACGGACAAUUAGAAGAUGCUGCCUCCAAAUGCUCAUGAAGGAAUGUAAACGCGACUGAGCUAACAGGAACAGGAGACACUCGAUCCGCUCUCUGAAAGAUAGAAGUAAUUGGAGACUAAUCAUCAGUCCUAUGAGCGCACUCGCUUUCUCCCGCAGCUGUGUGCUGUGUUAGGAAAGAAACUGGUGCACAUUCAGCUCACCCGGUCAGCACUACAGCGUUCUGUGAUUACAUUAAAAUACCAGUGUAAAUCCACUCUUCUUUGUCGGCUCUGAAGAAGAGUCCAGCUGGGAAGUGAAGGAGCCCUGAGGCAGAGCCAUGGGCUGUGGAGGGAGCAGGACUGACGCACUGGAGCCUCGAUACCUGGAGAGCUGGACCAAAGAGACGGAGUCGACAUGGCUGACCAGCACAGACACUGACAUCCCUCUGUCGUCCAUCCAGAGCAUCCCCUCUGAGAACUCUGAGGCCGGCUUCACUUCUGAGAAAACAAUCAGCCCUGUUCCAGAUUUCUUUGAGGACGGCCUCCCUCCUCCGGCUCAGGCGUAUCUGAAGGUCUGCUCCGCCGUGUCUGAAGCCAGCCUGAAUGACGUGAAACCCAGCAGCCCUCCCGCAAUACUGGCCUCUCCACCCAAAGAGGAGGUGUUGCCUUCGUCUGGCACCACAGUGCAGCGACGAAGCGUUCUACACACUGAAGAGAUUCAAAAGUGUCAAACAUUUCCUGGUCCCAGCCUCUCAGAUACAAAAUGGCAGGACAAUCGGAUGUCGACCAAGCAGGUGACCAUCACAGUGACACAGAGCAUCCAUCAGGUGGACAAGAACGGGAAGGUGAAGAAGUCCCUCACCACCUACGAGGUUAUGAAACCUGUGGAGGCUCUAAAACAGGUGGCCACACAAAACACUUGA